AUGGCUAAACGCACCAAGAAGGUCAGCAUCCUCGGUAGAUAUGGGACCCGCUAUGGUGCCUCCCUCCAGAAAAUGAUGAAAAAAAUUGAAAUCAGCGAGCACACCAAGCACACUUGCUCCUUCUGUGGGAAAACUAAGACGAAGAGACGGGCUGUGGGCAUCUGGCACCGUGGCUCCUGCGUGAACACAGUAGCCGGUGGUGCCUGGGCCUAUACCACCUCUUCGGUUGUCACAGUGAAGUCUGCCAUCAGAAAAGUAAAGGAAUUGAAAGACCAGUAG